UCUCUCCCCCCUCUCCCCCCUCUCUCUCCAACACUCCCAACUUUCUCCCCUCUAUUAAGUUCCAAGCUUCUUUCAAUCUGAAGUGAAUAACAUAUUCCAAACAGGAGGUGUUCCAGUAAAAUUAGACGCCAUCCUUCCUCGUCACCCUGUCCUCUUCUCCUCCAUCUUUCUCUCCAUCACUCCCUUUCUCCCAUCUUUUCUACUCCCAUACUGAACUGUCCAUCUCUCUCUCCCCUUUCCUCCUCCCGUUCUCUCCGUUCUCUCCAUUCUCCAUUCUUCAUCCCCACAUCCACCUCUGAACUGCUGUUAUCUGUGCCUCUACCUUCCUCCUGUCUUCAACCUUCUUUUCUUCUUUUUGGGGUUCACCUCCCUUCAAUUAUUUCCCUGCUUCUCUCUCUUCACCCUCUUUCCCGUCCUCUUCCCUCUUUCCCCUCCCUUCCUCUCUCCAUCCGGCCUCUCUCGGCCUCUGGUAGAGGUCACCAUGUGGGCCAACUACAUUGUCCAGCCAGAGGAGGAUGGCCGUAUGGGGGUGGUAGGAGCAGGGCCCCAUGGGGGCCUGGCCGGCCUGGCAGGGGUCAAGGGAGUUGGGCGUGCUACAAGGCGGACCCCUAGGAUGAGUGACAGCCAGGAGGGGAAGAUCAAGCUGGCGUUCUUUGUGGCCAUUGUGGGCGUGACCCUGACAGUGCUGGGGGUGGGGACAGAGUUCUGGGUGGAGCUGGCCACGCCCAAGACCUGGAGUAACAACCAGACGUGUCAGACAGCCCACUACGGCCUGUGGAAGGGGUGUACUCGCACCCUGUGGGUGGACGACAUCGACCCCGAGAGAGAGAGCUGCGGCCCCGCAGACCUGCCCGGAGAAUCUAACUGCACUUACUUCAAAUUCUUCACCAAUGGAGACAACGCUGUCAUAUUUAAGAAGACGACCCACAAGAACCUGAACAUAGCGGCUGCUAUCCUAGCAAUGAUAGCUCUGUCUAUGAUGGUGAUGGGAGCUAUCUGUAUCACCAUGUCCCUCAGUAAAGGAGUGCCCUUCUUCCUCAAGCCUGCCUCCUUCUGCUUCAUCCUAUCAGGUCUACUGGUCCUGCUGUCUAUACUGGUGUUUCACCAGUCAGUGCUGGCCCUGUUGUCAUCUGACCACUCCAUACCGCUCCACCACGAGCUCUCCUGGUCCGUGGCCUGUGUGGGCUUCGCUGGGGCCAUCCUCAUCAUGGGGGGGAUCCUUUUCCUGAUCCUCUCCCUCCCCUACAGCCCAUGGGAGAAAUGUCUGCCUAAACGCAACAGCAGCACUACCUAGCACAUGGGAGGCCCAAAAGAGGCCCAAAAGCUGUGGGAAAAAAUGUAGUUUCAUAUCAGGAUCGCAAUCAAACUCCAGUCCUCGAGUGAUGCACUGUCUGCUGGCUUUAGUUGUCAGGUAUAAAUCAGACACUGAUUAGAACAACUACAACCAGUAGACACUGAUGCCAUCCAGGAGUUGAGUUGGUAACAUGUAGGUCACUACCGUUGCUAAGGGAGGAGAUACUUUAUUGUUUCCAGGAAGUGGCACAGCCAUCCCUGCUACAUGAAAUGCCUUGCAGGUUAUCACUAUUAAUCUAUUAUGAAUAAUUAUGACGCCUUACACUUAAUACCUAGAAAUAAUAUAUUAUCUAUUUAUUAUCUACACCUUGUCCACAUGAAUGAAUGCUGUUUUUACAUAAGAAUGUGUGAAUGAUUUAAUGUAUGUAUGGAAGAUAAAGAUUUAUAUUUGACAGUGUAUUGUAUAGACUCACUUUACAAGCACAGCUCUGUAUAUAAAAUAUAUGUGUUUAUAUUUUAUUUAUACCUGCACACUGUAGCCUUUUGUUCAAGCUUAGGAGGGUGUAUUUAGUUUUUAGCUUAUUCAAACCCUUUUUUCAUCACGUGUUUUAUUUGUCAUAAUAAAGCCCACCUUGUCUUUCUCUACCUACAUGUUUGUUUGGGGAAAUGCACAUUGUGCCUAAAUGGUCCUAUGAUCAUAAGUAUGUCUCACUGGGUUUGCUUUUGAAAUAAAUAGAUUUGACAUAAGAAACGCUUUCCUACUUUG